CUCUCUCUCUCUCUCUCUCUUGCUCUGUUCUUGUCCCGCUCACGCUCUACUCCUUUGUCUCUUUCCAGCAGCUCUCUUUUUUGAAAUCCUUUUUGUUCCUUUUGCAUACCCAGACGCUUAUACGCUUCACAUAACAAACAGCAACAUAAAGAACCAAGCAACCGCUUUUUCACACAACAUAGCUGUUGGUUACAAAGUUUGACGAUGAAUCAGCAAAACCCCAACGUGCCUAAUGGCCAGCAGGCAAUGAACAUGGGUAUUCAGAACGAUGGCGUUCCCAAUCCCAAUUGGCGUGAUGAGUUGUCACAGAGUGACAGAAAUCAGUUUAUCACUCAGUUGGCACAAGCACUGAACGUUCUUUCACCCAACACGCGGGAGCAUGAUAUCAUGGCUGCUGCAAGAAAUUUUGAGUUGAAUCUGUACCAAAACAGUAUAAACAAGAAUCAAUACGUCUUGGCAUAUGCCAAAAAGCUUCACCAAAUCCGCUCUAACAUCGGACAGCAACAAGCGCAAAGAAACGGAGGGCCAGGUGCCGUCAAUGGCGGCGGCGGCGGCGCACCAGGAGGAGUAGGAGCUAAUAUGCCAGCCAGUGCACCCAAUAUGAUCCAUGACGGUCAGAUGGCCCACGGCAAUAUGGGGAUGCAGCAACAAAUGUCUCCGCUCGUCCAACAGCAACAGCAACAGCAACAACAGCAGCAGCAGCCGCAGCAACAACAACAACAACAACAACAACAACAAAACGCUUCCCCGCAAUUGAGUAACCAGCAAAACCAACACCAGGCGCAACAGCAACAGAACAACUUUCAAUUGCCCUUUGGUGUGAGCCAACAGCAACUUGCUGCGGCGGCGGCAGCGGCUGCAGCAGCUGGACGAGGAAACAUGUUUCCACCCAACAUGAUGCAACAACAACAACAACAACGGCCUCCACAACAGCAACCACAGCAACAGCAGCAACCGGGCAUGCCUCAGAACGGGACUCCAAGACAACAACCGGCUACCGGCCAGGUUACGCAGGCUCAACUAGUUGCUUUGCAACGUGCGGCUCAAAUGAGUGUGGCAGCAGCAGGAGGACAAGCGCAAGGUUUGGCGAGCCAACAACAGCAACCACCAGCGCAACAACAACAACAACAACAACAACAGCCCAAUGUCCAGACUCCAAACCAACAGCAAGCCCAGCUUUCACUGAACGUUUUACAGAACCUGAGUGCCAAUGGAGUUAACGUCACACAACCACAGGGCGUGUCAUUGUCACCUCAACAGUUGCAAAUGUACUUGGCUCGUCAAAUUGCCAUUCAUCAACAACAAAAGAAGCAGCAGUUGCAGCAGCAACAACAACAACAACAACAACAAGGAGGCGCAAUGCAACAACAACAGCAGCAGCCACAACAGCAACAGCAACAAUCACAGCAGCAGCAGCAACAACAACAGCAGGCGCCACAGACCCAGGCACAGGCUCAGGCUCAGCACUUGGCACAACAACAGAACUUUCGUCCUGGUCGAGUAAGCAUGCCAGGUGCGCCAACGUCGAUGCAACCCACAAGCUUUGCUGCUGCUGCCAAUGUCAUUGACCCGGGAUCCAUGCCCCCUGCGUCAGCUGCGCUCUUGGCAAAUAACCUCACUGCUCAACAGCUGAAUCGACCGCCACCACAGCAAGGCCAAGGAAUUCCCCAUGGGGCGGGAGCUACUCCACAAAGCACGCAGGAUAUCUUGAUCCAGCAUUUACAGAGACAGCAGCAUAUGUUGCUUCAGCAGCAACAACAACAGCAGCAGCAGCAACAGCAGCAACAACAACAGCAACAACAACAGGCAUCUCCAAGACCUCAACAACAACAACAAAAGCCACCUCCACCACCACAACAACAACAACAACAACAACAACAGCAGCAGCAGCAGCAGCAACAUGUCUCGCAACCAGCACAGACACAACAGCCUCAAACUGCCGCCACUCCUGCUAUGAUGAAGCAAAACAUGGCUGGUGGAAUGCCUCAACAACAGCAACAGCAAACGCCACAACAGCAAGCCGCCAACACGAUGAGACUAGCAAUGCAACAGCCCCAACGAGCUGUAGAGUUUGCGCGACAAUUAGAUGAGAACGUCCGAAGCAGUCGAGCUAUGCCCACUGUUCUGGAGAAUUUGAGCCCACAGGAAAAGCAAGAGAUUGCCGAGCACAUUUUAAAGAUGAAACCCAUGUGCGACAAGAUCGACGAACUGCUGCCCGUGUUUCUGUCCAUAACGCAAAACGGUGAAGCUGCGCGUCGUCUCAUUAUCAUGAAAUACAUGUUUGAAGAUCAAGUUCGAUAUUUGCCAGAACAAAAGUUUAUUUUCACUCUGGAGAACCUUCACAAGCUACGGGAGCAGUUUACGGGUUACUUUGCCUAUGUACGUAAUGCAGUUACUGGACAGCAACAACAACAACAACAACAACAGCAGCAAAACCAGCAACAGCAGCAGUUGGCUCAAUCCAUGGUGACAUCCAGCGCACCCAUGGCGUCCGCUCCUCAGCCAAACCCGGUUUCGAACCCUCAGCAAAUGAUGGCAACUCCACAAAUGAACCAGAUGCAAGCACCUCAAAUGACAAUGGGCCAGACGCCCCAAAUGACUCGAACUCCACAAAUGACGCCUACCCAACAGCAGCAACGUCUUCCAAGACAACAGCAGCCGCCACAACAACAACAACAACAACAACACGUCCCAUCUCCACUUCCACAGCAGCAGCCUGUAUCCAGACCUCCACAACAGCCGCCAGUGCCAGGUGCUGGUACGCCACAACAGCAACAAAUGAACGAACAGCUUGCUGGAAACGCACCCAUGAACGCAAACAUGGGAGGCAUUAAGCGAGGAAGUAUUGAUUUGAAGUUACCGCCAACCAAGAAGCAGCGUGGUGCGGCAGGAGGCCAGACGCCAGGGGAACAGAAGCAAUCGCCUACACAGACUCAGCGGUCGACGACCACCGCAACAACAGCGUCUGAACAGGACAAUGCGGAACCCAUUGUGGUGAGCGAUAGCCCUGUCAUUAAACAGCAGCCGAUGGCAGGAGCAACGCCAACGACGACAGCAUCGCCUAUUGGUGGCAACACACCCCAAGAAAUCAUUUCAGGAACGACCAUGCCUGGUCAACGACCUGCUCAGAUUCCCAACGUACAAUUACCCAACGUCCAAGAAGCUGCCAGACUGCAAGGCCUGCCACAAGCAAUCAUAGACCGGUUGCCUGCAAAAGCAUUGCACUGCACUUAUAUACUACAACAAGUGGAAGAAAAGAAGAUUUCGCUGGGGCCUCGUGAAUACCAGCAAAUCCGCAUGUUGUUGAAUGAGCGUGUCGAGACAGUGAAGAAGCAGCUUUUGGCAGAGCAGCAGCAGCAACAGCAGCAGAAACAGUUACAACAAUCGCUUGCUCAACAAACACCAGUCUCUUUGGCUCCUGUUACAUCUGCUGCCAUGCUGCCUACUUCAGUGGCUCCUACUGCGAUCAGCACUCCACAGCUUCAGCAGCAGCAAUUAUUGCAGCAGCAACAGUUGCAACAACAACAACAACAACAACAACAACAACAGCAGCAGCAGCAGCAACGGAUGCUUCAUGCUACAAUGGCCAUGUCGCCACCUGUUUCUGCAGCAGCAGCAGCAGCUCGAGCAUCACCUAGUGCAACGCCCAUGACACCCAGUAGAGCACCAACACCUUCAAGCGCAGCUUCAAUGACACCGACAACGCGAUCUAUUGCAACGUCAACAGUACCACCACUACCAAGUACAACAACAACAGCAGCAGCAACGACGACCACGCCUACGCUACGUCCAGGCAUGGGAGCCAACGACAAGGUGGAAAAUACAUUGAUGUUUGCCAACGAUGUGCUCAGAGAAGUGGCGGGCAAAUUGAGUGGGGGCAUCCACGACGCGUUCUCAGAAUCAGCACCGCUAGAAAUCAUCAAGGAUGGACACAAUUGUGCGUUGGCAUUCGACUCGCCACUAAAGGAAGGUUACAAGGAUGAAACAUUCUCCAUUGCGCCGGACAACGACUUUAUUAAACAGAUCAAGGUGGAUGAGGAGGAUGUGAGCGGCUGCUGGUAUGAAAGUGGCAUGGACAACAGUAUAAAUGGAAUGGAUAUGAUCAUGCCUGGCUUUGAAUGGGACGAGUCUGGCGUCAUGAAAGUGUAGAAUGUAUUUUUCCCUCUCCUCCUCCUCCUCCUUCCUGUCAUCAUCAUCAUCAUCAUUACCAUCUUCUUCUUCUUCUUCUUGGUCGUCGUCGUCAUCACCCUUGUUCUCUCGCUUUACAACAAAGCAUUCCAUUCUCAUAUAUUCCAUACUCCAUACGCAAUUACACAUAACUAUAUACUAUUAUAUUUAUACACUUACCACUAUCCCAUUGCAUAUUUCGUUCUUCUUCCCUCGGAUCAUACACACUCUUUUAUUUUACCGUCUCUCGCCAAUCAUUAUUAUUAAAGCAACCACAAAAAGAAAAAGACUCUUGCAUUAAUCAUCAUACAGAUUGGAUGUUGCCAAAGAGCAAACGCCCAUCCAUCG